AAUCGAUUUAUGAGAUAUGGGGUAGCCAAGCACUUGUUCCCCACCGGCACCACAGACGAUUUCUAGAGAGGUUAGGAUUCAAGGGUUUGGGGGUUUCGGGUUCGUUCGUGUUUCUUGUGUCCUCUGUUCGUUCGAUUGCUAGGGGAAAUAAAUAAGAAGAGCAUGCGAAGUGAAGAGCUUUUGUGAUUUAGGAUUUUUUUUUUGCGUGGGUCUGAUUCCGAAAUCAAGAAGCUCGAUUUCAUUUAGUUCCUAAGGUCAACAGUACAUGGCAAUAGCGCGAACUGGAGUUUAUGUUGAUGAUUACCUUGAGUAUGCUAGCACUUUCCCUGCGGAGCUUCAGAGAUUGCUGAAUACAGUUCGCGAACUGGACGAGAGAUCUCAAUCGCUCAUAAACCAGACGAGGCAGCAAACUAAGUAUUGCUUAGGGCUUGCCUCACAAAGUUCCAAGAAGGGCAGUGGCAAUAAUCAUUACAACACUGGUCUUGAUGAAGAAGAAACCAUUGAUAAAAUGCGUAAAGAGAUUGAGUCCAGCCAGGAAAAUGCGUUAAGUUUGUGUACGGAGAAGGUCUUAUUGGCCCGGCAAGCUUAUGAUCUUAUUGACAGUCACAUAAAACGACUUGAUGAAGAUCUCAAUAAUUUUGCUGAAGAUUUGAAGCAAGAGGGGAAAAUUCCACCAGACGAGCCCUCUGUUCUUCCUCCACUACCUAUAGCUCCUAAGCAGGAAAAGCGCAAGUCUUUUUAUGGCACACCACAGCCUAAGAAGAUUGAUUACAGAGAUAGAGAGUGGGAUCGUGACAGGGACUUCGAGCUCAUGCCUCCUCCAGGAAGCCAUCGGAAAGACUUCACCCUUAUUGAUGAGCAGCCAAUCGAUCCAAACGAACCGACGUACUGUGUCUGCCAUCAGGUGUCCUUUGGGGACAUGAUUGCCUGUGACAAUGAGAAUUGUCAAGGAGGUGAAUGGUUUCACUAUACAUGCGUUGGCCUCACCCCCGAAACCAGAUUCAAAGGGAAAUGGUAUUGCCCUACCUGCAGGAUCCUCCCACAGUCACAUUAGUAUCAUUCGUUCUUGUUGUGACAAGGUGGCAGUGACAUCUUCUUUCGUACCUUCUCUUCUAGACCAGUCUCCAUCUUUAUUGCAAUUAUGUCAUGUUUAAUACAACCUCGGAUUAAUCCUAAUUUCUCAAAUACUAAAUACUACUGUGUCAUCUCCUGUUACAAUGGAUAAGACAUUGGAGUCAGAUGGAGAUGAAAUAUUUGAAGCAUAUAA